AUGUCCGGCAAUUCAAAUACAUCGGAUCAAUUUGCUCAGAUAGGUAAAGCCCUGUCUACAACUGCCUCCGCCUUUUUCGGAUCGCAAUCCAUGGAAGACACCAUUCUUUCAUACAGCAGCCCUUAUAAGAAGCUUUUACACCAAACGAUCACACACGCAGGCUCCAGUAACAGCAUACUGAAAUUGCAUAGGAGCAAGAAUCCUUUCAAAUCCACUACAAAUGACUCCUUUCAGGAUCUAUACUCAGCUACUAAUGGCAAAUCAUUUUUCCAAAAUCAAUUCAGCAACUCCAAGACAAGUUUUCAAGUGUUGAGCUAUUUAAGUGAAGAACUACUUAACGACAUACCAUCCGAUAGUAAUGCCACACCCAAAGGAUCAAAGUUGCUGACAGAAAAUGGGGAAAAAGCAAAGAAAAAGAAAAACAAGAAUGAACCUUCUCUCUUUCAAGGUUUCACGGCCUCUCUACCGGUAAUCAAUGAAACAAUCGACACACAAAAGAAGAUCGACAAUGGCGAAGAAAAAAGUUUGCCCCAAUACUUAACAAACGGCAGCGACUCUGGGAGCUACGACGAAGAUGCAGAAUUUUCUCUGCCCGGUAAUAUCGAUUCUAAACAGAUAAACAACACGUACUCUUUGAGCUUCUUGCACCAGGCAUGUCAGAAGGUAACCGAUAAUUUGGAUCUGCUCGAAAUUCAGAAAAAUUUAGCUGCAAGUGAAAUAAGGGAAAUUGACACGAAGCUAGAGAAGUUGAAGAUAAUGAGAGACCUCGUUUUCAAAAGAGUAGCCAAGGUUGAACAGAAUGAACUGUUCCUCGAAAAGCAUCUAAUAAAUAUCAAGGACAGAAUUGAUAUGAUUAAGGAAUACGGGCUUGAACAAGAAGACGACUCUUCGUCUGAAGAAAUGGAAGCGCAAAAAUUAAAGCAAGCAUCACUGGCCAUGGGCAGAUCUACCUCCACAAAAAGUGAAAGGAGCAAUCCAACUGAGCAUGAGGAAAAUGAUCGUAGUGAAGAUGACAGCGAAAACGAAACUUCAGCCUUGAUCAGCCAAUCCAUCUAUCAAAAGCUUCAAAACAAUCCACCGCAAUCGCAAGCAAAUGCAUUAAACAAGCAUAUCAACUACAAGAAAAAGCAACAACAAUAUAGCCAUCACCAUAGAAAAACUUUCCCCACUCUUCAACAAUAUUAUGAUCCCGGAAGUAAAAUUGCCUCUUUCCAAAAAGCGCAUGAUGACAGUAUAACAUGUCUCGAUUUUGACAUGCCGUUUGGUACAAUGUGCACUGCAGGGAAGCUUGACCAUGAGGUCAAAAUCUGGGAUCUGAGCAAAAAAACACACAUUGGCAAUCUGGCGGGGCAUCUUGCUUCUAUAAGCUGCAUGCAGAUGGAUCAAUAUAAUACUCUAAUUACAGGUGGUAGGGAUGCUCUGUUGAAGUUAUGGGAUGUAGAAAGGGCAGUCCAAGUUUAUGAUGAAGGAGGAACCAUUACCGAAAACAAUGAAGAUCUUUGCAUUCACAAUUUUGAUGCCCAUGUUGAUGAAAUCACCGCAUUACACUUCGAGAGUGACGUCUUAAUAUCGGGGUCUCAAGAUAGGACCAUUAGACAAUGGGAUCUCAAUACCGGGAAGUGUUUACAAACCCUUGACUUGAACUUCACAAACAGGGGACCUUCAGGUGGGUUGUCUACCAUUCGGUCCAAUAAUCCACGAAGCAGCGUACUGCUUACGCGCAACGAACCCCCCGUCAUUGGCGCAUUGCAAUGCUACGACGCAGCUUUAGCAACUGGUACUAAAGAUGGCGUAGUAAGACUUUGGGAUUUAAGGUCUGGACAAGUGGUUCGGACUCUUGAAGGUCAUACCGACGCGAUCACCGGAUUGCAGUUUGACUCUGUCAAUUUAGUUACGGGAUCCAUGGAUAGGAGCAUCCGGAUUUGGGAUCUUAGAACUGGGUUACUGGCAGAGGCGUUUGCCUAUGAAAGCCCUAUCAGCUGCUUGCAAUUCGAUUUAGACAAAAUCGCUGUCGCAACCAACGAAAAUGCUGUAAGAGUCUAUGAUAGAAAAGAAGAUAGACAUUGGGUUUGCGGAGGCGAUAAACCAGUAAGCGAAGAGAAUAAUAACGUCGAAUUCAUCCGUUACAAAAAUGGUUAUCUAAUUGAUGGGCGAACGAACGGAGAUGUAAACACCUGGGCCAUAUAA